AUGACUGGUCGAGUGACAUUGGGUGUGAAUGGGUGGGUUAACAAUGAUAUUCAACUCAUAGCUCAAUGGUUGGUUUCUCAGGUGAAGCUCAUCAAAGAAGAAUUUGGUUAUGACGAUGGAUUCAACUACAAUAAGGAAUCAGAUUAUGAUGCGGCUUUGAGCAAAUACUUUCCGAAUGGCAUUGAUGUUUACCUUGAUAAUGUUGGCGGUAAAAUGCUUGAAUCAGUUCUUAACCAUGUCAACAAACAUGCAAGGAUACCACUUUGCGGGAUGAUAUCUCAAUAUAACAAGGUUUGGACUGAAAGAGAAGGGGUGAGAAACCUGUUGAAUAUGGUGGGGAAGCAGGUGAGGAUGGAGGGGUUUAUGCUUGAAUCAUAUUGGAAUCGUUUUGGAGAUUUUGCUAAAGAUAUGGAAGGAUACAUAAAAGAGGGAAAGGUUACGUCAAAGAACAAAAUAAAUGUUGGAAUUGAGAGCUUUUUGGAUAGCUUAGCCUCUCUCUUUACCAGCUCUAAUAUUGGAAAAGUUGUUGUUCAACUUAAUAAUUAAGGAACUUUCUCUUAAACAUCUACUUAUGAUAUAUAAUCUCCACCACUAGAUCUUUAUGUCUGCCAUAUUUCACUGUUGUAAGACCGAAUAUCUGUAUGUUUUUAAUUUUACAA